AUGAGCUUUCUUUAUGGUGUUCCACUGAGGAGCAUUACAACUGGAACGAGAAGAGUUACUGCGAAGACAACAAUCGGUUCUUUAGGGUAUGCUGCCACCAUGUUAUACAACUCUGGUAAGGUCAGUAACAAUAAUACAUCAUUAAGAGCUCGUGUUCUAUCAGCAGGGUUUUCUACAUCUUCUAUAUGGUAUCAUGGGCAUCUUAAGACGCCCAAACCAGGUGAGGAGUUGAAAAUUACAUUCAUAUUGAAAGAUGGUAAGCAGACAACAUAUGACACGUCAGAAGGUGAUUCUAUAUUGGAUAUUGCAGAAGCUCAUAAUUUAGACAUGGAAGGUGCAUGUGGAGGGUCAUGCGCUUGCUCUACUUGUCAUGUCAUAGUUGAUCCAGAUUAUUACGAUGCAAUUCCAGAACCUAAUGACGACGAAAAUGAUAUGUUGGAUUUAGCUUACGGCUUGACGGAAACUUCAAGACUGGGGUGUCAAGUUAAAAUGUCUAAGGAUAUAGAUGGAAUAAGAGUAGCAUUACCUGCAUUGACAAGGAAUGUCAGUUUGAAAGAUUACAAAUGA